UUUAAAAAUCCAAAAGUGCUAUAAAAGUGUAUAAAUAGUCAUGAGGAGAAUUGGAAAAGAGCAGGUAUCAGAUCUGUGUAGGAUAGCUGUUUGGCUUUUCUAAUCCUGUGGUACACCUCUAGGUGGUGCAGGUGAGUUUCCACAGAAAGAAAGCACCUUUUUCGUUCACUGUAGUUUUCAAAAUUUUAAAGCCAGAGAGAAAGCAGCAAAAGAAAAGUUAUUGGGAAGUCCUCUGAGAUAGCAAGUAUGUAGAGAGCUGACAGCAGACCAUUAGUACUGCACCUCGGCACACUGGAAUAAAUCAGUGGACUCUGUGAAGGAUGCAACAUCUGUCCGAGAGCGACUCUUGCCACCUGUGAAAAUCUUUUGCCUUAUUUGGAUUUCUAGAGCUUUAUUCCCAGACUGAUCUUGUGCGGAUUUUUGUUUUGUUAUUUAUAUCUGCAUCAGUAUGAAUGUUGGGUGGCUCCUACCUCCCACACUGCCCAAUCUGGUCUGCCUCCCCACCAUCAACCACUGAAUUUACAUAUCUCCAUUAUUUCUUUGCAUCUAUCAACUUGUGCGGCCAUUAAGAUGGGAAUGAAAGAAGAACAAAAGCAGCACAAUGGUAGAGUAUCAAGAAAAUAUGGUUCAUUUGGGUGAACGUAAAUGGACACAUGUGUUCCCUUUUCUGGUGGUGUGGCUAGCGCACUCUGCUAAUGCUGAGUAUUCUAACUGCGGUGAAAAUGAAUACUAUAACCAGACCACUGGAAUGUGCCAUGAUUGUCCCCAGUGCAAACCAGGAGAAGAGCCUUAUAUGACUUGUGGCUACGGCACCAAAGAUGAAGAUUACGGCUGCGUUCCUUGCCCGUCUGAAAAGUUUUCCAAAGGAGGUUACCAGAUAUGCAGGCGUCACAAAGAUUGCGAGGGAUUUUUUCGAGCCACUGUCUUGACACCUGGUGAUACAGAGAAUGACGCAGAAUGCGGGCCUUGUCUCCCUGGUUACUACAUGUUGGAAAACCGACCAAGGAACAUCUAUGGCAUGGUUUGCUACUCAUGCUUGUUGGCACCUCCUCACACCAAAGAAUGUGCUGGCACGAGUUCUGGUGUUUCAGCCAUUUUCCCAAGUACCUCUGGCACAAACACGCUCUCACCUUUUCAGCAUGCACACAAAGAUCUUUCAGGACAAGGGCAUCUGGCUACUGCUCUUAUAAUUGCCAUGUCUACUAUAUUCAUAAUGGCUAUUGCCAUUGUCUUGAUCAUCAUGUUUUACAUUGUGAAAACAAAACCUUCUGGUCAAGCAUGUUGCACUGGCCAUUCAGCAAAAACAAUUGAAGCCCAAGCCAAUAUGCAAGAAGAGAAGAAAGAAGUACAAGAAAAUGUUGUGAUCUUCUCAGAGAAAGAAGAGUUUGAAAAACUGACAGCAGCUCCAGCUAAGGCUGUUAAAAGUGAAAACGAUGCAUCCUCUGAGAAUGAACGACUUUUAAGCCGCAGCAUGGACAGUGACGAAGAAGCUGCCGUUGAUAAACAAGGGACCCCAGACCUGUGCUUGUUAUCCUUAGUUCAUCUCACCAGGGACAAAUCUUCUCCAAACAACAAAUCAACUGGGAUUCAAAGUAGAAGGAAAAAGAUACUUGAUGUGUACGCCAGUGUAUGUGGUGUUGCUGAAGGUCUCAGUCCCACAGAGCUACCAUUUGAUUGCCUGGAGAAGACCAGCAGGAUGCUCAGUUCAACGUACAACUCAGAAAAAGCUAUUGUGAAAACAUGGCGCCACCUUGCUGAGAGCUUUGGACUAAAGAGGGAUGAAAUAGGUGGUAUGACAGACGGCAUGCAGCUCUUUGACCGUAUCAGCACAGCCGGCUACAGCAUCCCAGAACUUCUAACCAAACUAGUGCAAAUUGAGCGGUUAGAUGCUGUUGAGUCUCUGUGCGCAGAUAUUUUGGAGUGGGCACAAGUGAUGCCUUCACCUGAACCUGCGGUUACAACCUGAUGUGAGGAUCAUUUCCAAAGAUUGCACAAGAACAUUGAUCCCAAGAGCAAUGGUUCAAAGACAUAGGACAGAGUCUUAAAAAGAACUGGUUUUCUCAUACACUACUUACAUUCCAUGUUGUUCCAAAGAGUAAAGUGAAGCAGGAUUUGCAACUGAAUUUAUCUUGCACAUAAAUAAACAAGGGCAAAGAAUUCUUCGGAGAAGUUCAACAUGAAAUAUUUAGUUAAACAGAAUAACUCUUGUUAAAUAGUAAGUGGAUACUAAUAUCCAUUUGCCACACAGCUUACAAGUAUAAGUACAGGUGAGUGUGUGGAUACCAUUUAAUUAUUGUCUGAGGAUGUCUGAGGAUAUUUAUAUCACCUGGGCUCUGUUCAAUAACUUAAUAGCUCUCUAUAGUUUGUUACAGUACCACAUACAGAUCUAUCAGUUCUCACACAUUUGAUUGACAAAUACAUUCCUUAUACAUACCACAGAUUUAGUGAAUCCAGAAGUGUGUGCAUAAAGUUAUAUAAACAAAGUGCUUAGAUUAACUAAUUAUACUGUAUGAAAAAAGUUACUAGUGGAGUCUAUAUGAUCCAAGUGCUUCAAACUACAAUAUACAAUGUGUUAGAGCAGUCUUGAUUUAUGCGGACAUUUCAGAAAUUGUAAAUGCAAACCACUAACUGACAAGACAUGCUGGUGAGAAAGUUGGCAGUGACUGCCCGUAAGCCAAAAGGACAUCUUUUUCCUCUUUUCUGUAUUUAGAAACAGACAGUUAUCUAUUGCAUUAGAGGACAUUUUGCUUUUUAGGCAUUAAUGAUAUCAGUGCUUCUUAAAUUAUAUUCCAAACAGAAUCAAACAAAAAUUGUGCAUAUUCUAUGACUGCAAUGCAGAAAACAUAGAACAAAAAAUGUGGAUUUAGUUAAACACUUGAAAAAGAAGAAAAUGUAGCAAAUGAAGUGGUAUUUGAAAAGCUGUGUUCUUGUUGUAAAAAUAUAUGAACAUAGAGUUAAACAAACCAUGGAAGCUUUAUUUUGAGAUUGUCCACAGCAGCAAUUUAUCAACUUAUUUGUUUAAAAGUUAACAAAUCUCUAUUUUUCUUGAUAGUGUGGGUUAUAAACCUAUAAUUGCAGGGACUAGAAGCCAGUAUCUGUUAACAAUCCAGUUGGUUAAUCUAUAAUUCAGUUCGUUGUUAGAAUGUGUAGUGACAGAUUUCAGUGGGAAUUAUUACUUAAUUAAAACAAAUUCCAUAACUUUUUAAAUUAGAAAUUGCAUGUCUGAGCUAAUGUGUUAUAAAAAUAUCAGUCAUAUCCUUGACUCUAACAGCCAGUUUUCCACCACUGAGAAUACAGAAUUUAUCUGUGAUAGGACUGUAAUUAUAUGCUGAAUGGCUAAUAUCAUUUAACACCUAAGUUUGCCAGUUUGAUCAUACUUCUCUCCUUGAAGGGACAUUUUCUGCAGAUGAGCUCAAAACUAAAAACCACAAAGUACUGGACAAAGGGAUGUUUAAAAAUCUGUGAGUAAAAUUCUGGCUCCACUGAAGUAAAUAACAAAAUCCCAAUUAACUUCAACGUGGCCAGGAUUUCGGGCCAAAUCUGUAUUUCUGAAGUUUGAGUUCAUCUUUAAUAAAGAGAAAAGUUGCUCUUUUUCUUAUGCCAAUAUAUAAUUACACAGUUGUCCUACAACUAUCAGACUGGUCUGCCAUUUAUUGUUUCAUUUAAUAUUAAUACAUCAUGUACUUAUGUAAAGACACACAGUAAUCAUUUUUUUUAUUGACUUUGAAGAACAUUAGGCCCUUGAAAUGACUGGUGCCAACAUGUACACAGACUAUUUAACAUUAUUUAAUUUAGAAUAUAGAGGGUUUUUUUUUAUUGUAUUACACAAAAGCUGUACAGGAAUAAAAACAAAAUAUUUCUGUAUCUGUCAAAAGGCAUCAUUU